AUGGAGCUACAGAACGACCGGCGAGACCGGUCUUCCAUGGAGUCGGCGCAGGAUCUGGUCAGGAAAUUCAGGUCUCUCCUGCAGCUCAUGGCCGCACGGUCUGGCGACUACGAGACUCCAGAGGACGCGGCGGUGACCGCCGCCAUGCUGGCUGGAUGGCAUCGCGACGUUGUCAUCGACCUUGCCGCCGCGAGCGAGGGGGACACCCAGCUCCAUCGGGCGGCCGCUGGCGGGGACGGCGUCUGCUACCGCAGGUGCGUGGCCUUGGCCUGCGAUGGCGACAGUAGCCGGUUGCUCGCGUGCAACGGGGACGGCGACACGCCGCUGCACUGCGCUGCCAGGGCCGGGCACACUGGCAUGGUUAAACACCUCAUUGGCCUCGCGCAAGGGGACGGCCAGGACGAUGGUGAGAUGGCCAAGACCAUGGUGAGGAUGCAGAACAACCGUGGGGAGACGGCGUUGCACGAGGCCAUCCGCUCUGGCUAUGAAAAGGACGUGAAAACUAUGGUCGAAGAUUUGCUGGCGGUGGAUAAUCAACUAGUAUGUCUUGAAGCAUUUGAUGGUACUUCGCCUCUAUUCUUAGCCGUCUCGCUGGGCCAACAUUGGCUUGCUAGUUGGUUGUACGAAUGGGGUCAUAAGAAAUUGUCUUACUCUGGCCCCGAGGGGCAAAAUGCCUUGCAUGCUGCUGCUCUCGACGGGUUUCGGCACAACACAGGGAUAGCAAAACGGCUGCUUCACUGGAACAAUAGCCUUGCCAGACAAGCGGACAACUCUGGAAGUACACCAUUACACUUUGCUGCGUCAGCACAAGAUCCCACAUUGGAGUUAUUUCUGUUCGUUUUUGGUGACCAGGGCUUCGAAUCACACUCUCCCUUGUCGCUCACCACUUUACCUAAGAAAUGGGUAUACAAGUUCUAUAAGUGGAGGGAGCAUCCAACCUUUCUACUGGUGGAUGCUAAUCCACAUUCCGCAUUUCAGCCAGAUAGGAAUAGUUUGUAUCCGGUGCAUGUGGCUGCCUCGGCGGGAAGCUUGGUGCCUAUCAUCAUAUUGCUCUGCCAUUCCCCUGGCUGCGCCGGGCUACGAGACAACCAAGGAAGGACCUUCCUUCAUAUUGCCGUGGAGAAGAAGAAGCAUAACAUUGUGUGGUUUGUGGCUCGCCGGUUAGAUAAUAAGGCCAUCAUGAACAUACAGGACUACAACGGGAACACUGCCAUGCACCUAGCUGUUGGUGGCGGGAGCUGGGAUAUCUUCAAGAUCCUCAUUGGGAACAAGCACGUCUGCUUGAAUUUGACAAAUAAGGAGGGUGAAACUCCCAUGGAUAUUGCACUCAGCAACGUUACUCCAACUGGAUUUUAUUUUGGAAUGCAUGCACGACGUCGAAUACUUGUGACAUUGACCUUAGCAAAUGGUAAAAACAGCUUCUGCCGGCGGGACCUUUUCCUGGAUCAACAUGUUCCCAAGCUAAACGAGAAGGAAGAAUCUGAUAAAAUAACGUCCUUCGCACAGAUUGUUGGUGUCGGCUCCGUUCUCGUAGCGACUGCGACGUUCGCUGCAACAUUCACCAUGCCAGGCGGUCCCAACAGUACCGAUCCCAAGAUCCCACCCAACGGCAGAGGUGGCACUCCGACACUCGCGGGGCUCUACGCUUUCGACGCCUUUGUCAUCUCUAACACCCUGGCCUUCAUCUGCUCCACUUUGGCAACCUUCAGCCUCGUCUACACUGGGGUGGCCACGGUGGACAUAGAGAAGCGGAUCAAGCUGGUGGCCUUCUCCCUGGCGCUGCUGAUCAGUGCGGCCAGGAGCUUCUGCGCUGCCUUCGCGUUCGCCAUCUACGUGAUGCUACCUCCCACGGUGGCCCAUGGGACUGCCAUGGCAGCAUGCGUAAUGACGGUCCUUGCACUAAUGGACGCGUUCUGGUUCAUGUGGGCCAUUGUGACUGAUACAAUAGUUCUUGUUAGGAGGGAAGACUGGCGGUCAAUGCCCAAGCGACUGAUGAAGCUGGCGGCAAGAAUCCUAAUCAACACUGUGUAUGUGUUCUGGCCCUACAUCGUCAUCUUCGGUCUGUUGGCCAUCAAAAGCAUCACUGGCCGUCAAGAGACCUCAGCACCUGCAGGAACACCCACCCAAGGGCUAUAA